AUGGACGACAACAUUGCCAGCUUCACAAGCAUCACGGGCGCCGACCCCCAGCGCGCCGCCCAGUACCUGCAGCUCACCGACAACAACCUGGAACAGGCCAUCCAGCUGUUCUUCGACAGCCCAAACUUGGACCUCGGCGCUGGUUCCGCACACCCCUCCUCGUCCGCUGCCGGCGCGCGUGCCGACGAGCCCAUCAACAUCGACUCCGACGACGAUGACGACGAUGCCGCCGAGGACGCUUCCCGACCCGGCCACAGCGUCGAGGAUGACGAGGCCAUGGCUCGCCGCCUGCAGGAAGAAAUGUACGGCGCUGGCGGGCGUGACGCAGACGCCGAUGUGCGCGCCCCGAUGGCGCGGACCACCGAGACGUUGGUCGGGCCCGGCGGAGGCUACGAUGAGGAUGACAUGCACACUGCCAUCAUGUCUCAGAUGGCUGCCCGGCGGAGACCGCCUGGUGAGUUGCGGGCCAAGGAGCGCCGUGCCACAGUUCCUCUCUUUGCUAACUUCGCUGCCAAUUCGCGUCUAGGCCGUGCCGGCAUCUUCAACCAGCAAGCCGCCUCCCCCUCCGUCUGGGAGAGCGAGGGCGAUCCCACCGAGCGCCGCCGCGACCUCGCCACCUCCACCGGCGGGGCUUCUGAAGCCUCGUCAAAGUCCAGUCUUCUCGCCGAGAUGUACCGCCCUCCCUUCGAGAUCAUGUGCCGCCUGCCGUGGGACGAAGUGCGGGACCAAGGGAAGGAGGACUUGAAGUGGAUCCUUGUCAAUGUCCAAGAUCCUGCAAUCUUCGACUGUCAGGUUCUGAACCGCGACAUCUGGAAGAACGACCAGAUCAAGGACACCGUCAAGGAGAAUUUCCUUUUCUUGCAGUACAACAAGGAUGACGCGCGCGGCAGCACCUAUGUGAACUACUAUUUCCAGGCGCGUGACAGUGAGGACGCAUAUCCGCACAUCGCCAUCGUGGACCCGCGCACCGGCGAACAAGUGAAGGUGUGGUCAGGCCCACCGGUGCCAAAGCCGAUGGAUUUCCUCAUGCAGCUCCACGAGUUCCUCGACCGCUACAGUCUCAAGGCAAAUGCACGAAACCCCAUCGCCAAACGGAAGCCGGAAAGCAAGAAGAAGGACGUGCACCGCAUGACGGAAGAGGAGAUGCUGGAGAUGGCUCUGCAGCAGAGCAUGGCUGGUAGCAAUGGCGGCGGUCCUCGUGACGAGGAUCCCGAUGAGCUCACCAAGUCCGCUUCAGACAUCAAAGGCAAGAACCGCGCCAGCGAGUCCAUGGACGUCGACGAUCCGUCUGCAGCGAAUGGUGCAAGCGCUGCCGACACGCCUUUCGCAAGGAUCUCAUCCACCAAUCCCCACGAGGAGCCUCCCAAUGACCCCAAGACGACUACGCGCAUCCAGUUUCGCCAUGCCGGUGGCCGCGAAAUUCGCCGUUUCGCACUUGCAGAUUCGGUACGCCGCAUCUAUGAGUGGCUCAAGGCGUCCCCGCUCGAAGAAGGCAAGGCCGGUGCUGAGUUUGAGCUCAACGCUCUCGGUAUGAACCUUAUUGAUCACUUGGACGAGACGAUCGAGGACGUCGGUUUGAAGAUGGGCACCAUUAUGGUGGAGUACGUAUAG